CUCCGCUGGCCGGGUUGAAAGCCGUGGAUGUGGGCAUUAGGCCAAGCCCGCUACUGCCCUUGAGUGAUGUGCCUCGAAUAAUGCUCUCACGGCUUCUUUCCCGAGACAUGUGAAGGUAAAUUGAUCAUAUCCAAUAACAAGAUGUAGAGAAGAGAAGACAGCCCAGUGAAGGCCUCAGGAAGGAGAAUAAUGAUGCGGGUGUGCUGGUUGGUGAGACAGGACAACCUGCACCAGCGAAUCAAACUUCCACAUUUGGAAACAGUCGUGGUUGGGCGCAGCCCAGAGACCAAGAUCACUGACAAGAAAUGUUCUCGACAGCAAGUACAGUUGAAAGCAGAAUGUAACAAAGGAUAUGUCAAGGUAAAGCAGGUAGGGGUCAAUCCCACCAGCAUUGACUCAGUCAUAAUUGGGAAGGACCAAGAGGUGAAGCUGCAGCCUGGCCAGGUUCUCCACAUGGUGAAUGAACUUUAUCCAUAUAUUGUAGAAUUUGAGGAAGAGGCAAAGAGUCCUGGCCUGGAAACGCACAAGAAGAGAAAGAGGUCAGGCAACGGUGACUCUAUAGAGAGAGAUGCUGCACAGGAAGUUGAGCCCAGUCCAGGACUGGAAACUGGGAGCGACCCUAGCCAAUGCUCUGUGCCCCCAAACAAGGGAACAGAUACAUCUACCAAAAAGGAACCACUGGGCCACUGGAGUCAAGGCUUGAAGAUUUCUAUGCAGGACCCCAAAAUGCAGGUUUACAAAGAUGAGCAGGUGGUGGUGAUUAAGGAUAAAUACCCCAAGGCUCGUCACCAUUGGCUGGUCUUACCAUGGGCCUCCAUUUCCAGUCUGAAGGCUGUGACCAGGGAACACCUUGAGCUCCUCAAACACAUGCACACUGUGGGGAAAAAGGUGAUUGCCGAUGUUGCUGGGUCCAGCGAACUGCGCUUCCGAUUGGGCUACCACGCCAUUCCCAGCAUGAGCCACGUACACCUUCAUGUGAUCAGCCAAGACUUUGAUUCUCCUUGCCUGAAAAACAAAAAACAUUGGAAUUCUUUCAAUACAGAAUACUUCCUAGAAUCACAAGCUGUGAUUGAGAUGGUGCAAGAGGCUGGCAGAGUAACUGUCCGAGACGGGAUGCCUGAGCUCUUGAAGCUGCCUCUCCGCUGUCACGAGUGCCAGCAGAUACUGCCUUCCGUUCCUCAGCUGAAAGAGCAUCUCAGGAAACACUGGCCAAAGUGAUUCUGUGGAGCCUGAACUUCUGCAGCAAGUACGACUGAUUGUUUAGAGCAGACUCCUGGAACCUGUCCUGGAUUGCUUGCGAACUUUCACUUAUUUCUUGAAUUAAAACAUGCAGAUUUGUU